GGGGGGGGGGGAGACACCCCUUGACCGAAUACGGAGGGCAGUAUGGGGAAUGCUGUAUGCCGAUGAUGCCGGCGUCGUAUCGAGGUCUGAAGAAGGACUGGCGAGAAUGAUGACCAUCAUCGUUGAGGUGUUCGGGGAGUUCGGGCUAACGGUGUCGGAGAAGAAGACGGAGACGCUCCUGAUGCGCGCAAAGGACAAGCCGACUACAACAUCACAGCCCGCCGCGCCUCCACCGCUGACCAUCGAAGCCGCGGGACAAAACUACGCCCAGACGACCGAGUUCCGGUACCUCGGUGGCCUCGUCAACGAACAUGGCGACCUCACCCGGGAGAUCAGCCACAGGAGCAGAGGAGCGUGGGCGUGCCUCAGGCGAUAUGGCCGGGAGCUCUUCGACAGACCGCAAGCGCCAUUCCGACUCAAGAUCCGCCUGCUCCAGGCGGAGGCGAUGGAGGCACUGCUGUACGGCUGCAUGACAUGGUCACCACUCAGCGGUCACUAUCAGACGCUGCGGUCGAUACACCACCGACUGCUCCUUCGAGUUAUCGGGUACAAGCGUAAGAAAGACACAUACCGGCAGCUCUCUUACGCCCAGACGCUGAAGAGGGUCGAAUGCCAGAGCGUUGAAGCCACGAUCCGACAACGGCGCCUACUGCUCGCGGGAGCAUUGGCAAGGCAGUCGGACGGGCGACUCCCGAAACGACUGAUGCUCGGCGAACUGGCAGGGGGGGAGCAGCGACGUAAAUGGGGACAGGAACAGAACUGGCCGACUUGUGUGCUCGACUACCUGAAGGCAUUCGAGGCCGACCACGGAUCUACGAAAACCGACCCAUGUUGUCUCGGAAUCCCGGUACCGAAAGGUCGUUCGAACAUGGCUUCUGGUGUACCACCUGUUGAAGAUGGGCAGGGCGUUACUGCUGCCGUUGCUGCAGGAGGAACCGCGGCGACGACACUGGGAGCUCUGCGGGUAGUCAUCGCUUCCGGGUGGGUCGCGCGGACGAUAUCCUUGCAAGUGGCAUCUGUGGAGACGCUCCGAAGCUGCCGCGAGGUCGCGAACUUCCGGCUGAGAAUAGCUCGCAAGACUCCGAGGAGGGUUUACCAAGACAAGUUCGCGGGUGGCGGCCGCGGCAGAGUUAGCCGCAGCAUUAUCUUGCCCCGCGUUGUCCGCGUGCUGUACGAUCGGUCGGAGUUCGACCUCAAGCCUGGCUGGGCGCUGCCGGUCGAGUUGGUCGGGCUUGUUCUUGGGACGGAGUUUUGCGGAGACCUGAAAGGGGUUCCCUGGCCCCCGACCCUGAGCUCGAUAGUAUUUUGGCGGAGGUGCGUGCAAUUGGGACGGCGAGAGUUGCCUUUUUGGCGGUUGGGCAAAGACAUGUAGAUUUUCUUGUACAGCAGUAGAUGGACGAAUAGAAUCCCGUCCGGGGUCUCAGCACGGUCCGGAGUCAUCGCACAGAGGGUUCGAUGCAAGUAUUGGCCUAGACUAAGGGUACCCGGACAACCUCCUGCUAUGUUGCCUAAUUUCGAAAACAAACGCAAGAGCGCCAGAAAAUGCACUAGAGACACAUAAGACCAGUCGGAAGGCAUCGCAAAAAAAACAAGUCCAAAAUUCUGGCACAGGGCAGCAGUAGAGACCGCUCAAAACGUGCCUUUCGCGCGUCUACCUCCACACGCAUCCUUUGAAACCAAGAUAAAAAUCCACACCAGUCUAAAUUCAAGUCAAAAGAGCCCAAACGGAAGGCGCUCAAAUAAGGCCGGUGUUGCUAGGAACCUGGUCCAUUGUACCAAUAUCACUAGAGGACACCCUAUAGCAGCGGGGGUGUGUGUUGGCGCGCUCAAAACUUCUUCUGUGGUGGUGGUAUCUAGUGUCGUUGUAGUGGCCCACAAUCUCCGCAAAUCUCCGCAAGUUAGAUCGACACCCAGUGUCUUGUACUGCUUGUGCUCGCCGCCACUGAACCCAAUCUUCUGAACUGCAGGUUUACAGCAGUAGCUGAUGCCACCAGCUACUGCUGACAACCCGCAGUUGAGGGGUUUGCGGUCCGUGGUGGUGAGCACCGCUGUGACAAGUGUUGGGUUCCGCUUGGUUCCGGCGCAGAUUUCGGACCGUUUCAGAGGCUGCUGCGACCUUCGAUAUUUCAGCCCCAGUAGUAUACCUGAACGUGCCAGCACGCACGACGCCUCUUGAUGAUAUCCUCCACUGAUACUAGCACAACGGACCAGGUUCCUCCGGCGGGAAGGUUGUUUUCUUUCUUUGUACUGUUAUAAAGUAUGAGAAAAGAGCCAGCGUCAAAAUCCCUUGUCUGGGUACCC